AUGAAAUUCUUCAGUUAUAUUUUAGUUUAUCGCCGGUUUCUCCUUGUACUUUUCACUCUGUUGAUUUUAUUACCACUGCCACUCAUCCUCCGCAACAAGGAAGCAGAAUGUGCCUACAUCCUGUUUGUCGUUGCCACGUUUUGGCUGACAGAAGCUUUGCCUCUGUCGGUAACAGCUUUGCUGCCUGCCUUAAUGCUCCCUAUGUUUGGGAUCAUGCCUUCCAAGAAGGUGGCAUCUGCUUAUUUCAAAGAUUUUCACCUACUGCUAACUGGAGUCAUCUGUUUAGCAACAUCAAUAGAAAAAUGGAAUCUGCACAAAAGGAUUGCUCUGAGAAUGGUGAUGAUGGUGGGUGUGAACCCAGCAUGGCUGACCUUGGGGUUCAUGAGCAGUACCGCCUUCUUAUCUAUGUGGCUUAGCAACACCUCUACUACUGCCAUGGUGAUGCCCAUCAUGGAGGCUGUGGCCCAGCAGAUCAUCAGUGCUGAAGCAGAGGUUGAGGCUACUCAGAUGACUUAUAUCAGUGGAUCAACCAACUAUGGACUGGAAACAGAUGAAAAUGUUAAUGGACAUGAAACAAGUGAGAGAAAAGAGAAAACAAAACCAGUUCCAGGAUACAGUAAUGAUGCAGGGAAAAUUUCAAGCAAGAUGGAGCUGGAAAAGAAUUCAGGCACAGGAAACAAAUAUCGAACAAAGAAGGACCACAUGAUGUGUAAACUUAUGUGCCUGUGCGUUGCUUACUCUUCUACCAUUGGUGGAUUGACAACGAUCACUGGUACCUCCACCAACUUGAUCUUCGCUGAGCAUUUCAAUAUGCGCUACCCUGAUUGUCACUGCAUCAACUUUGGAUCAUGGUUUCUGAUGUCCUUCCCGGCUGCUAUUAUUAUUCUCCUCUUGUCAUGGAUUUGGCUUCAGUGGCUUUUCUUAGGAUUCAACUUUAAGGAGAUGGCACAGUGUGGCAAAACCGCAACAGCCAAACAAAAAGCUUGUGCUGAGGUUAUUAAACAAGAAUACCAAAAACUUGGACCAAUAAAGUAUCAAGAAAUUGUGACCUUAGUCCUCUUCAUUGUAAUGGCCCUGCUAUGGUUCACCCGAGAUCCUGGGUUUGUGUCUGGUUGGUCCGUGCUUUUUUCAGAGUACCCUGGUUUUGCUACAGAUUCAACUGUUGCCUUACUUGUAGGACUCCUGUUCUUUCUUAUCCCAGCUAAGAGAUUGACCAAAACUAUACCUACAGGAGAAACUGUUGCUUUUGAUUACUCUCCACUGAUUACUUGGAAAGAAUUCCAGUCAUUCAUGCCCUGGGAUAUAGCCAUUCUUGUUGGUGGAGGGUUUGCCUUGGCAGAUGGCUGUGAGGAGUCAGGACUAUCUAAAUGGAUAGGAAAUAAAUUAUCUCCUCUAGGUUCAUUACCAGUCUGGCUAAUAAUUCUGAUAUCUUCUUUGCUCGUCACAUCUUUAACAGAGGUAGCCAGCAAUCCAGCUACCAUUACCCUCCUUCUUCCAAUACUGUCUCCAUUGGCUGAAGCCAUUCAAGUCAACCCUCUUUAUAUUUUGUUACCUUCUACUCUGUGUAAUUCAUUUGCAUUCCUCCUACCAGUAGCAAAUCCACCCAAUGCUAUUGUUUUUUCGUAUGGCCAUCUAAAAGUUACUGACAUGGUUAAAGCUGGACUUGGCGUUAAUAUUGUGGGUGUUGCUGUCGUGAUGCUUGGCAUGUUUACCUGGAUUGUACCCAUGUUUGACCUCCACACUUACCCUUCCUGGGCUCCUGCAGUUAGUAAUGAGACCAUGCCAUGACAAGCAUGAAUGCUCUGACUAUCCUGUGGUGGGUUUUGGGAACCACUAAGAAUUCACUACAAAAUUUGGCUCUAGAAAACUGAUGACACUUAAAUUAGUCCUGGUGUAGCUGCUGUAAAACACCCCAAACCUGCUUUGAGAUGCAACCAAGACCAUCUAUGUGCCUUCAUGAAGAAGCCCUCAGUUGAGAUUUUGCUCAUGGACCAUAUGCAUCCUGCUUCAUCAUAAGAAUAAUUUAUAACUUGACCUUCAAGAGAUUAGGUCAUUUGCUUCAUCUUACACUUUGGGUUCAGUGUAACAUUUCAAAUGUCAAUUUGUUAUUUCAGAAACUUUCCAUGAAGGUAGAAAUAGAAAAUAAAAUAUACAAGUUUAUUAGCUACUUGUAUAAAUCAUUUCUGUAGUGUCCAAGGGAAUUUUCUGAAAAAUCAAAGCUGUGGUCAUCUGGUAGUGCAAAAGAAAAGUUUAAUCUAAGUAAAAUAUACAUUCCCUCAUUUAAAAAAUAUUCCAAUCAGAUUACUCUUGAAAUAUCCAUAUAGUAUAAAAAUUGAAAGUUAAGGGCUUCCCUGGUGGCGCAGUGGUUGAGAGUCCGCCUGCCGAUGCAGGGGACACGAGUUCGUGCCCCGGUCCGGGAAGAUCCCACAUGCCGCAGAGUGACUGGGCCCGUGAGCCAUGGCCGCUGAGCCUGCGCGU